GCGCUGCCCAAGGACAGCCCCGCGCACAUCGUGCUGGACGCGCUGCUGCGCAGCCUGCCCGAGCCGGGCGCCAGGGUCUGCUUCCUCCGAGGGGGAUAUGAAACCUUUUACUCGCAAUAUCCUGAGUGCUGUGUGGACGUAAAACUCGUUUCCUCCGAGAGAAAUGAAAUGGAGAGAAACCUCAACAGCCACUGUGAGAAGCAGAGCAUCAACCACAAGCCGGCUUAUGAUCAGGGUGGUCCGGUGGAAAUCCUGCCUUUCCUUUACCUUGGCAGUGCCUACCAUGCUUCCAAGUGCGAGUUCCUAGCCAACCUGCACAUCACAGCCUUGCUCAAUGUCUCCAGGAAGAGUUCAGAGUCCUUUAAAGACCAGUAUUGCUAUAAAUGGAUCCCAGUAGAGGACAGCCACACAGCGGACAUCAGCUCUCACUUCCAGGAAGCCAUAGAUUUCAUUGACUGUGUGAGGCGGGCCGGAGGCAAGAUCCUAGUGCACUGCGAAGCGGGGAUCUCGCGCUCCCCCACCAUCUGCAUGGCUUAUCUCAUGAAAAUGAAGAAGUUCCGCCUGGAGGAGGCCUUUGAUUACAUCAAGCAACGCAGGAGUUUAAUCUCCCCCAACUUUGGUUUCAUGGGCCAGCUACUGCAGUAUGAGUCAGAGAUCCUGUCUUCCACUCCCAGCCCUCCUGUCGCCUCAUGUAAACGAGACGCUGUGUCUUUCUUCGCAGAAGAACUGACUUUAAGCAAAAACUUUGAAGGCUCCUGUUACACAUUUCCUACCUCAGUCUUGAGUUCUGUGCCCAUCCAUUCUCCUGUCCAUCAGCUCAAGCUCAGCCCUAUCACUCUGCAGCAAACAGCCCUGCUGCUGGCUCAGGAUGCCGCCGUGCCUGGUGCUGUACAAAUGGAGAGCAAAAAGGCAGACCUUGCCACAGAGCUUGCACUUUGCACAGAUAAGUCGAGAGGGUCACCGUGCUCCGGGGGACUUCGUGAUGAGGAAGAAAGUUUAUGGGGUGAAAGAGCCGGGCUAGGACUCGUAGGUUUGCAAAGCACUUGGAGAUCCUCAGACGGGGGGCGUCAGCAAAGCGAAAUCCUAUUAUUAUUAUUUAUGAAGGUCUAUCCUCCACAAGCCUGUAUGCUCAAGAUGAAGAGAGAAGAUUUUAUUUCCAUUAUAAAAAGGUUUUACUUCAGUAAAAAGCAUGGGGCAGAACUUUAUAUAAUAGCUAUCGGGAAUGCCAGCCGCUCCAGCAAGAAGCAGACAAUGCAAGGCCCUGGGUGGGUGGUGAAAAGUCUUCGUGCUGCUGACUGCUAA